CCACACGGAGGCACUGUGGGCGACCGGGCGGAGGGCUGGAAGGGAUGCCGCGGGGCGCGCACCGGCCGCACCGGAAGUGGCGACCGGUCCACACGGAUGGCGGCAGCGGCGAUGACGGCGGCAGGCUGCGGAGCGGCUGGGGCGGCCCGCUCCCUCUCCCGCUUUCGAGGCUGCCUGGCUGGCGCGCUGCUUGGGGACUGCGUGGGCGCCAUCUACGAGGCGAAUGACACCGUCAACCUGACGUCAGUCCUCCGUCACGUGCAGAGCCUGGAGCCCGAGCCGGGCUCGCCGGGCAGCGCGCGGACAGAAGCUUUAUACUACACAGAUGACACAGCCAUGGCCAGGGCCCUGGUGCAGUCCUUGCUGGCCAAGGAAGCUUAUGACGAGGUGGACAUGGCUCACAGAUUUGCUCAGGAGUACAAGAAAGACCCUGACAGGGGUUAUGGCACUGGAGUGAUCACUGUCUUCAAGAAGCUUCUGAGCCCCAAGUGCCGGGAUGUCUAUGAGCCCGCGAGGGCCCAAUUUAAUGGCAAGGGCUCCUACGGCAACGGGGGUGCCAUGCGGGUGGCCGGCAUCUCCCUGGCUUACAGCAGCAUCCAGGAUGUGCAGAAGUUUGCACGCCUCUCGGCCCAGCUGACACAUGCCUCCUCCCUGGGUUACAACGGAGCCAUCCUGCAGGCCUUGGCUGUGCACCUGGCUUUGCAGGGUGAGUCAUCCAGUGAGCACUUCCUCGAACAACUCCUGGGCCACAUGGAAGAGCUGGAGAAUGAUGCCCAGUCUGUCUCAGAUGCCAGGGAGUUGGGUAUGGAGGAACGUCCAUACUCCAGCCGCCUGAAGAAGAUUGGAGAGCUUUUGGAGCAGGAUUCAGUAACCAGAGAGGAGGUGGUGUCUGAGCUAGGGAAUGGCAUUGCUGCCUUCGAGUCUGUGCCCACUGCCAUCUACUGCUUCCUGCGCUGCAUGGAGCCUGACCCAGAGAUCCCCUCGGCCUUCAACAGCCUCCAGAGGACUCUCAUCUACUCCAUAUCCCUGGGAGGGGACACAGACACCAUUGCCACCAUGGCUGGGGCCAUCGCAGGUGCCUAUUACGGGAUGGAACAAGUGCCAGAGAGCUGGCAGCAGAGCUGUGAGGGCUUCGAAGAGACAGAUGUCCUGGCCCAGAGCCUCCACCAGGUCUUCCAGAAGAGCCUGUAAAGACCAUGUUGCUGAGACUGCCACGUCCAGCAGGACCAAGUACUAUGUGGACUGGAAACUUUUGAGGUUCCUCAGGCUCGGCUCCCCACUCCCUGCAGUCAGGCAGAAGGUGCCGUGGGGCUUGGGGCCUGGAGACUGCCUCGUGGGUGCUGGUUUCUGCAGAGCCUUGGGUCCUCCUGGGCCCUCGGUCAGAUGUGAGGGGCCAGAGCAGGGUUCAUUUUAGAGGGGUACUUGUGGUGUCUUACUUUUAUCUUGGACAUGGGACUGGGGGAGGUGGAAAUGAUGCACCAAGGCAUCAUUUGUCUUUGUUGGGCUUUAGCCAGUUUGCCAGAAAGCCUGUCUGACUGAGCAGGGCUCCCUGUGCUGCCUGGAGGCAGGCACAUGAAUCUAAAUAGAUGAUCCAGAUGCACACUCGGCCCGCGGCUGUGAACAGUGUCCAGUGGAAGUCACAAAGCAAUAAACAGAUUUCUGCAAAUUA